UCGACUUGUCCGAUUCGUAGCUUCGUUCACGUGUGUACGCUUUGGUCUGUUCACCUUUAUAAGUUAUGUUACGGAAGGCAUGUCUAGAGGUUAUGCGACUACAACUAAAUAUUCGUUUCUUCGGAAUGAAAAUCUUUGACAAUUACGACCAUAAUCGUAAUUGAUAUUGUGCAAUAAUUUUGAUAAAUUUUCUGUCGCAAGAUGCCGAUUUCGCGUUACAAAAAGUGAACAAGAGAAAUAUUAUGAACAUCACAACAUUAUUAUACGUUGUCGAUAGUCGGGCGUCGUAUUUUUGGACGGAUCGUUCUAGAAAUCGAACAUGAGAUUUCAGCUGUUUGGACUGUCCGGGUACGGCGUGCGCCGUAAUUCAGGACUACGGGAAUUUCGACGUUGGCAUGCGAUUUUGUAUAAAAACGUCGAACCAACAUUGCGACGAAAACUGGACGCGAGUGUCCUAGCUGUCCGCGACAAACUGUUGUAUUGCGAUUACUUGGAUGCGGAGAACGUGCAAGUGGGUUACAAAAAGAGGAAAACGUUGGAGAAAUUGCUGCGCAUGGAGGAGGAGAGGGAGAGGUACGAGGAGAUCGCUCACAAACCCGUAUUCAGUGUUCUGUUGUCGAACAAUUCAACGGCGAGUAAAGAGAAGGUAGAUUCUCACAGCGAGGAAUGGACAACUACGAAAGAGAAGCCUGUGCACAUGCCGUACGCCAUGGUAGAUUCGUACGAGAUGAUCAACUCGGUAACGUCCAACGAUGCCGAGGAACCGAGCGAGAACGCGUUGGACGAGGAGCACGAAAGUUUGCACGAUAGGUAUUCGAAGAUAAAGGCGAGCGGGUUGACCGAGCUGAAUUUCGAGGAUUUCGUCAAGACAAUGGAAAAGAGCGUGGAUAGUUUGAGUACGCCGCAUGGUGAGUUGUGGAAAGUACCGGAUAACUGGAUGACCGAUUACGAGCAGUUCGACGACUCCUUGAUGAACUGGUACGCAAGGUACGGCACGCCAGAUCCCAAUUCGAAAGUGAGCUCCGUGCCGUGCGGCGGUUGCGGCGCUUUGCUUCACUGUAGAGACCCAGCGAUUCCCGGAUACUUGCCGUCGGAAUUGUUCUCGUCCAAAAAUACCGACGAGCUGAAAUUGAUGACAUGCCAGAGAUGUCACUUCUUGAAGUUCUACAACGCGGCGUUGGAGGUGAAGGUGUCGAUCGAGGAUUACCCCAGGCUGUUGAAGGUGAUCAAGAGCAAAAAAUGCGCCAUCAUCCUGAUAGUCGAUGUGACCGACUUCCCUUGUUGCAUUUGGCCCGAUCUGAAGACCAUCAUGCACCCUUUCACGCCGAUUUUUCUAGUUGGCAACAAGGUCGACUUGCUGCCCAGGGACUGCCCGUCGUUUCUCGAGAACGUGAAGCAACGGCUGAAGGACGCGGUGAUCGACAUCACCGGCGUGAAGAAAGAAAACAUUACGCACGUGCAACUCGCGUCCGCGAAAACCGGAUACGGCAUAGAGCAGCUGAUAAAUAAGUUGCAGAACAAGUGGCAACACAAAGGAGACGUUUAUUUAGUUGGUUGUACAAACGUUGGAAAAUCUUCGUUGUUCAACACCUUGAUAAAUUCCGACUAUUGCAAGGUACAAGCAAUCGACUUGGUGCAACGCGCUACAGUGUCUGCUUGGCCAGGGACCACGUUAAACUUGCUCAAGUUUCCAAUUUUAAAUCCGACUGGCAAGAAACGUCGUUUAAGAACAAUAAGACUCAUCGGGGAAACGUCUUACAAGAUGACAGAGUUGGAGUACAAUAAUUUAAAGUUUAAAGAAACCAGGAACAUCAAAUAUGCGACAUUGAAAGAGCAUAUUGGUAAAACAUUUACUAUGCAUUCGUCGAGCAAUCCAAUGAGAGAUCCUUUUUCCGAGAUAUCGCACAAGUCCAUGUCUGGAAACAGCGUUCUCGACGAGACUAGACCAGAGUACAAGCAAAGUCGUUGGUGUUACGACACUCCAGGCACAAUUCAGACCGAUCAGAUACUAAAUUUGCUGACGACCGACGAACUGUUGCUCACGCUGCCGCAAGAAAUUAUCUCGCCGAGAACUUUCAUGUUCAAACCGAAGCAAACCGUGUUUGUGGCUGGCAUGGGAAGGCUGGAUUACCUCGAAGGGGAGCACUUCAUACGAUGUACGUUGUUCGCGAGCAAACAUCUACCUAUAACAAUGUGUCGGACCAUCGACGCGGACGAGGUGUACGAUCGUUUGUUGACUACGAAAGCUUUCGUCGUGCCUAUCAACGAUCCGGAACGAUUAAAAGCGUGGCCAAAGUUGUUGGAAUCGAAAGAGAUGAAAGUGGUCGGCGUGGACAGAGAGGAAUCUGUCGCUGAUGUCGUACUGUCGAGUAUAGGUUGGAUCGCGAUCACCCCUUUCGAGAACGAAAGUGCCUUGUUGAAAGCGUGGACGCCUCAAGGUCGCGGUAUAUACCUAAGGAGCCCGGCACUGCUCAGCAAAUCGGUAAGUCUUCGUGGUGGCAAGGUUCAGGGUACACCGAUGUAUCUGCUGGGUCGACAAGUAUACGUUAAAUGUUAAACCACACGAUAUCACAAAUUUGGUCUGGUCUUUCCCUGUCCAAAGAACGACGUCUUUUCAGCCUAAGACUAUCGGUAUGUGUAAAUACAUACACAUUUGUAGAAAUUGUUGCAGAC